AUGAAAGCCAAUCCAAAGUACAUUUUAGUAGAAGAGCAUUACUCGGCUCAUGUGAAUAAACUGACAACUGAUAACACAUUAGCCGGCUACAAUCAAGAUGUCGCUAAAUCUUUUGGGUAUUCACUUGAUGACUUGAAAACUAUCCCUACCGAAUCUAAUUUGGGAGUUUCUUGUGGAAACCCACUUUCACUUGCUAAUUUGAAAGAAGGAGAAGUAGUGAUUGAUUUAGGAUCGGGUGGUGGGAUUGAUGUUUUCCUUGCUGCAAAAAAGGUCGGCAAACACGGAAAAGCCGUUGGUAUAGACAUGCUCAAGGAAAUGAUUAAUACUGCUAGAGCAAAUGCAGAAAAGGGGGGCUAUACGAAUGUCGAAUUUAUCGAAUCACGUAUAACCGAUAUUCCACUUGAAGACGGAACUGCUGAUGUUGUUAUUUCUAAUUGUGUUAUAAACUUGGUCCCAGACGACGAAAAGCCAACAGCUUUUAAGGAAAUUUAUAGGUUAUUAAAGUCGGAAGGAAGAGUUGCCAUAUCAGACAUUUUAUCUGUUAAGGACUUGCCAGAUACAAUUAAGAACAACUUAGCCUUUUAUGUUGGGUGUGUUUCUGGAGCAAGAAGUGUUGAAGAGUAUGAGAAGUGGCUUAAAGAAGCAGGAUUUCUGCGAAUUGUAAUAGUGAACACUAAUAAAGACCUUAAUGUUUAUAAAGAAGGAGCCUUAAUGUCUGAUUGUGCACAGAAGACCUCUUGUAAAACUGGAUCUGAUGUUAUGAAUGAGGCAGAAAUCAAUAAUGUCAACUUCAACGACUAUAUUGGUUCAUUUCAAAUAUAUGCCAUCAAGGAUUAA